CAAUACAUAAAAUAAUAUAAUGGCGUUGGCGGUAGGCGUUUUCUGACUAAUUGCGGACAAAAUAUAUACUGAUUGUUUAUUUGCCUUUUUAAAAGAAAGGUUGUGUGUUUGAAAGUAAUUAAAACGAGGAUUUGUGAAAGAGUGGGUAACCGUAGCUGAAUUUCUUUAAGAUGGAUUCCUGUUCCACUCAUCGAUCGGUUGCGUUGAACUUUUUUUCUUCGUUCAUCAUUGACAAUUUUCUACGGAUUCCCAUUGAACAGAUCGGGAAAGUACCUAUUGAUGACUCUCAUAAGAAUCAAAGGUCGAAAUACAUACCAAGAGCUGGAUGUAACGGUAUACUGUACAAAGCGCAAGAUGCAGUAACAAUCAAAAUUGUAAGAGAAUUUCCAAAAAACGACUCCAUGGAGAGAAUCCAGACCAUCACAAGCUUGUUAAAGAUAUUAGCUGAAGUUGAAUCUUUCGAUGGAAUUUACAUGAAAAUGGACGGGAUAUACUUAGUAUUUCAUUCUUCAAAGCAAUAUCAAAAGGAAUCAGAUGGUUACAGCAGUAUCCCUCUGGAAAUCGCCUGCCGUUUCUAUUCUUCUUUUUCCGUAUUUGUUCCUAGUAGCGGUAAAAAGGUUUGUAUCAAAAACCAAACUUCAUUUUUUCUUUUUGAAAGGCUAGAUGACUAUUUGAAGGCAAGUGAAGAUAAUAAGAAGUUUUUUGAAGCAAGGUAUGAGUUUAUGAAAAACAUCAGUGUACCUUUGAAAGACCUACAAACUUUUGUGAAUCUGAUUAUUAGUGAAGCUAAUAUAGUAUCAUUGGCAAGAUAUCUACGAGCUGAAACUGUAAGCAUACACCGAACGCAAAUGAUUGAUAGGAACGAAAUACGGACGCGGAUUUUAACUGCAGCCCCAGUACACAGGGAGAUUCACAAUAACCCUGUGACAAGAAGUUAUGAAGACACUGGGGACAAUCAGACACAUAACGACCAGCAGCCUUUUAACAGUAGUUUGUCAGCUUCGCACGAUGACCUUUCUAUUCGUUAUCCUCCUAAUCUGUAUCGUGCACCAGACUCGUUAGAUUAUAGAGCUACGACAGAUGGAGGAACAAACAGUUUUCAGAAUUUGAACAAUUCUCGUUCGAACGAGACAUCGCUGGCAACUGAGUACCAACAUUCAGUUGUUGCACAAGCAACGCCGGACGACAACGAAGUAAUCUUUCAAAGAUGUCUUCAUUCAGUUAGCAGUAUAGACGAACGUUCAUCAACGGAACAGAUAAGACAUAAUAUGUCAAGUGUCAACGAACAACAUAAGAUAUUCGAUAGACAUUCCGCUGGAAGAUUAGAACAGACUACAUCUCGACGGAGAGCGCGUUAUCCAGCAUACGGGGACAAUAUGACACGUCUAGGAAGCUUUGCGUCGUGGGGGAGGCAGCUACCAACCCCGUUUGACCUAGCUUUGGCUGGAUUCUUCUUCACUGGUGAAGACGACUUGGUAAGAUGUUAUGAAUGUGGAAUCGGGCUAAAAGAUUUCAGUGACGGAGACGACCCCUUGCAGGAACAUGCUCGUAACGCACCUAGGUGUCGAUUCAUUGCUGACUAUUUUGGAAGCCAGGCCGAUAUAGACGCUUACACUAGUCGAAUGGAAGACCCAGACGAGAUAAGAAGAAGGGGAUUAACUCGGUUUCUAAAUGAACAAGGUACUUCUGUGACACGGUAUAAAGCUAGGAGCGAGAGCUUCCGGUCAUUUGAUUCAAGACUUUCAUCGUACAGAACAUGGCCUACGACUACUGUUCAAAGGCCAUUUCAGCUAGCAGAGGCGGGCCUGUAUUAUACGGGCCGAGAUGACCAUGUUCGCUGUUUUGCUUGUGAUGGCGGUUUGCGGAGAUGGGAUCCGGAGGAUGACCCAUGGACCGAGCACUGCAAAUGGUUUCCGGCAUGUCCGUUCGCGCGGGAACAAAAGGGGGACGAAUACAUUGCUCUAGUUCAAGCUACCAUGGACAACGAUUUAACAUAUAGCGACCCAAAUGGUUGCAGUGAACAAACGAGUACCACACAGUCCAACACUGACCUAGUUGCAGGAAUGGGGAAUUUGGCAAUCGAUAGCACAGAUAUUAAAGAGCUUAGAAAAACAUGCACUGUGGACAUGGGGUUUUCUAAUACAGACUUUGACAAGGCGAUCUCUGACUUAGCUGGAAGAGGAAACUCGCGUCCGACCAUCGAAGACGUAAUUUCUGCAUUUGAGGUCCUUGGUCAGCUACAGGAAAACUAUACGGCAAAUCAAAGAAAAGGUACUGAAGAAAACUUACUUGAAGAAAACCAGCGUCUUCGCAGCAUGCUGCUGUGUUUUAUCUGCCAAAGAAACCAAGUGAACGCCUUAUACCUUCCGUGCACAGACCAUCGAUUGUGUAUGGAUUGUGCCAGAGAAUAUUCCACAACAUGCCCAGUGUGCCAAAGACCCGUCAAAGAUAUAAUUAAAACCUUUAUGAGUUAAGGAGAAAACGUGUGCCAUAAACAUGUUUGCUGAGGUCAAUCGGAGACGGACUUGGCUAGCCAACGAUCAUCCAACCAGUAUAUGGAUCGUAUGACCAAAGACUAGACGCAACUGACUACACGGGAAGUGGACCUAAGGGUGAACAGUUUUGGGGGAAAUGGGCGUAAAGCGCAUGAUGUGAAACCAAGUGGACAUACAUAUAAAGAUCCUGACAUAGAUUCGGAAGUUUUCUGUAAAAGGCGUUUCUGGUGGAUGCUGUUUCUAUUAACCUCAUUACAGGAUUUGGAUUAACAACACAACCCGGUUUCACGAGGAUGUCUACGACCAUGGACACGCUUAAAUCUUCAGCAAAACGAUUGAUAGAGGCUUCAAUAUCGCGAACUAUAUCGUUGAUGAACAUUAGAAAGAGUAGCGGGCCUCCUAUUGAUCCUUGAAACACCAUCUCAUAGCGGAAAAGAGGAAGACUCUUAGAGUAUAACGUGUUGAAUCCUAUUAUCUAGCAAGUCAAAGGAAUAUAUCCUUGCGAAUGUCUAUAGUAUGCAAGUGGAAAGUCCUUUUGCCAAACGCGGUCAAAUGCUUUGCUUAUAUCUAGUGAUGGGCAAUCGGCUUUAACUUCAUUAUCGAUUCAUUGGACAGACAAACCGAAUAACUAAUCGGAUUAAUAAAUCAAUAUGUUUCAUAUCAACUACCUCCGAUAAUCUGCUCACCACUACUUAUAUCACAGAAAACAAAACGAACCUUAGUCCCAUUACCAAGAGCCUAACAAAUGUACUAUAUACAGUCGCUAGUUGGUCUAUCGUUGAAUCAUGCGGUCUUAAACCAGUGAAAGUCGGAAGGAAUAUUGUUGUUCAAACGGUGAGCAUUAGAAUUUUGUUAACUGUCUCUUUGAAGAUCUUAGGAUUGAUAAAGGAUUAUAUUUGCUUGCUAAUUUAUAUUUCGCUUUCUUGUGGAUUUUGCACAUCUUCCCUAAGUCUGUAAAUGUAUCGAUCGAGGGCCAGAGUGUAUGAUAACAUGACCUUUUUGGUUUUUGGAACUCUGUUAUUUAAUUUGACUGGAACAAGAGCCUUAUCAAACGACAAAGAGCGUAGCAGAGCUUCGAUGACAUGUGGAUUGAACUUUUAUACUGAAUGGAAUGAAGAUAUGGCAUGUUUUGGAGGUGAUGGUUCGAUGAAAGGUUCCUUCAGUGAUUUGACUGGCAAAUGUGUUAUUGAAUGCAUCAGCCUCUUCGUCAACGGUAUAGAGAAUAUCAAAAAACAAACAAAUAAAGGUGCAUAUAAUAUGUGUUAGAGUAUGGAGAUAGGAAUCGUUCAACUGUAGACCACAAACCCUAAGUGUUUUUUUCUGAUCGAGCAUGGAUAACAUUCCCAAAUCUCUACAUUUGUCCAAAGGGAAAGGUCUAGGCGUUCGGUGUCCUUGUAUAUUCUUUUUCUCAUACGAGUAUGUUUCUUUACGUCUGCGGAGAAGCCAUCUAGAUUAUCGGGUUCUGAUAGCUACAUGUUUGUUUCGAACUGUUUAGCACCUACUUGUGUAUGUGUCAGAGUGAAGAAGCCAAGAAACUUAUAUAAUUAUGUCGUUUAAACGGAACGAGUCCACGUCCAAGCUAGAAAAACAUAUAUGUAAACAAAGACUAGUUUAAGAAACAAGCUUCGUUAAAUAAAUUUAAAGAACACACGCAGCUAAAAUAUCACCUAGUGUUUUUGAGAAAGACCAACUCAAUUGUAGAUGAUGUGUUGUCUGUAAAAUGUGUUAGUUCAUAAAUGCAUUGAGUGAGAUUUUACUGCUGACACAAUGA